AUGAAGAUGCACCUGUCCAAGUACGUCGGCAUUGUUGUGGUGUUGACUGUGCUUGCAGCUGCCAACAGCCGGGGCAGGCCGACGCUGUCUCGCUUUGCAGCACAAGGACAAGCGACGCUGGAAAAGGGGAAGGCAAUCGCCGCCGAUAGCUGGGCACGACACUCGGUAUCUGGCGCAGAGAUUGUGCAAGACUUGGCCGAUACGCUAGCCGACGAUGCGCUUCAAGUCGGACGGUCAGGUGGAUGGAUUGUGUCACCACGUAGCAUCCAAUACAACCCAUACAGCGAUGCAGAACACAGUGGAUGGCCGGUCGCAACGCAUCCCACAGAACCGCGACUGAGUCCUCCACUCGACUUCCCGAUCACCUCGGAUUUCCACGUGUGGACCUCGGUCUCACCUCGUCGCUCGAUCGAUCCGAGUGCUUUAUCGCCUCCACGUCGUGAAUUCGAACUACGUACAGAAAACGAGCUGGUACCUCGGAGGUCAGCGCAUUCUGCCGGUGUGCAAACGGCCGACAGUGCACAAGAGAAACUUGGACGCAGCCAGAGCCAAAAAUUCACCAGGCUCGCCAAGCUCGCCAAGCUGUUCAGGCGAAUAUCGCACCGUGCGUCGUCGAGCUCAGAACCAAAGCCAACGUCAGAGCUUUUGGUCAAAGACGUUUUAUUGUCAUCGUUGGGUAGAGCGAGUAGCCGUGACAAUCCUGUAUAA